UUUCUAAACGAAGUAUAUUCCUGAAACCUCACGGUUAAUUCCCAACUAGCUUUAUUCCAGCAUUAUUGGCGAUAGCUUCACAGUUCAAAAUCGCAGCUUAGCAUGACCUAAAACGUUGUACUCGGCUCAUGGUAAUUAGCUACCGACUACUGUGAAGCCACAUUUCCGACCCACGUGGACUGCCCAAAAGGUUGACAAGUGCAGGAGAAAAUACGACAACAGCACAAAAGGUUGAAAUAUGCUUCUUAAAUUCUACAUCUUGUGAUUCAGUCCAUGUUUGGGCCGGUUGGGAUUUUGUAAUCGAUUGGAGAUACCUUGAUAGUGAGUCUUUUCAUUCUCAUAGAAACCCAUUCGUCUCUGCUACGCCCUAGUUUCUUCUUUGUUUUCUUUCUAGUUUCUACUACCAAUUAAGAGAAUGUCUAUUGUGAUAGAAGCACUAAUCUCUGCUUCUGUUGGGUUGUUGUUGGAGAAGUUGGGCCCUUUGAUUUUCGAGGUGUUUCAGCCAAGAAGGAACCUUGGUGUAAACUUCAGAAAGCUAGAAAUUACGUUGAAGAAUCUGCAGGCCAUGGUCGAUGAUGCUGAGAGAAAACAGAGCGAUAGCACCCAGGUGAAGGCGUGGUUGGAAGAAAUCAAGCAUCUCAUUUAUGAUGCAGAAGACGUCUUGGACGAGUAUGCAACUGAGGUUGGACGAUCCAAACUGGAAUCAGAUAUUAAGGCUGAAAAAGAUGAGGUACGAACUUCUUUCCUCUGUUGCAGUCCGAUCAAUAAGGCUAAGGAUCGCAUAUCAGUAAAAAAGAAGAUGAAUAAGUUCGAUUAUCCUGGGAUGGCAUCUCGGAUAGAGGAGAUCACCCUAAAAUUAGAGGAACUUACUAAUGAAAGGGAUCGGCUCCAUUUGAUUCAAGUUACCGGAGGGAUGGGGGUGCCCAUCUCACAGAGACGACAAACAAGUUCCUUAGUCGAUGAAUCUGGUAUUUAUGGCCGAGAAAACGAUAAGAACAACAUUGUUGAGUUGUUGUUAUCAAAUGGAGAGAGAGGAGGAGGAGGGCUUGAGGUAAUCCCAAUUGUGGGAAUGGGUGGGCUUGGCAAGACAAUACUUGCUCAACUUGUAUACAAUGACAAGAGGCUUGAGGGGCACUUCGACAUCAAAGCCUGGUUUUAUGUGUCAACAGAAGCUGAUGUUAGCAUCAUAACUAAAGGGAUUAUUGAGUCUGUGACAGGGGAAGGUUGUGAUCUAUUGCAGUUACAACCACUUCAAGUUAAACUUCAGAAGACAUUGAUUGGAAAGAGAUUUUUACUUGUUUUAGACGAUGUAUGGAAUGAGAAUUGCGAUGACUGGGAAACCUUGCAAGCGCCUCUAACAUUUGGAAAACAAGGAAGUAAAGUUUUAGUAACCACACGAAGUACAGUUGUUUCAUCUGUCAUGGGCACUACUGUUGCUUAUUCUCUGAAAGGUUUAUCAAAUGAUGACUGUUGGUUAUUGUUUAAGCAACGUGCAUUUGCAGUCAACAAUGAACAACCAAAUUUGAUAGAAAUUGGUAAGGGAAUUGUGAAAAAAUGUAAAGGUUUGCCUAUUGCAGUGAAGACGCUUGGAAGCCUCUUGCGCUCCAAAGUUGACGAGAAGGACUGGCAAUAUAUUCUGGAUAGUAACGAAUGGAAUGUACCAGAAGAGAAAGGCAAUGUUUUGCUAGCUCUGAGAUUGAGCUAUCAAUAUCUCCCUUCAAACCUGAAGCAAUGUUUUACUUAUUGUUCCAUCUUUCCCAAGGGCUAUGUUUUUGAGAAAGAGGAGUUAGUCUUGUUGUGGAUGGCAGAAGGCUUUCUAAGCUCUACUAGACAAAAGCAAAUGGAAGACAUUGGUGAGGAGUACUUUGAUGAUCUGUUAUCAAGGUCAUUUUUUCAAUAUAGUAGUGACGACAAAACAAAGUUUGUGAUGCAUGACCUCAUUCAUGAUUUAGCACAAUCUGUUUCAAAUGAUACAUGCUUUAGAUCAGAAGGUAACAAGUGCAAAAUUCCUCCAAGGGCUCGCCAUGCAUCAUUUUGUCCCAUACAAGGUCAACAAAUAAAGAUUAAUGCAUUCUGUGAAGCAAAGUCUCUGCGUACUUAUUUCCAACCUCGAUACUAUGAAAUAUUGUAUGAUGACAAGCACAUUGAUGAUCUAUUUCUUUCAUUGAGAUGCUUACGGGUGUUGUGCUUGCAUGGUAGUCUCAAUGAGCUGCCAGAUUCAAUUGGUAAUUUAAGACUCUUACGGUACCUUGAUGUCAGAAACCUUGACAUUACAUGGUUGCCAGAAUCAAUUUGUAGCCUCUAUAACUUACAAUCUAUAAUACUUCCUUCUUGUCUUAGUAGAUUACCUAAUGGCCUACACAAUCUGGUUAAUCUUCGGCAUGUCCUUGCUCCCAAUGGUUGGAAGGUAGAGGCAAUGCCACCUGGAAUGGGAAGCCUAACUAGUCUUCGGACAUUGGCUGAGUUUGCUGUUGGAAAUAAAAGAGGGUGUUGCAGAAUUGGAGAGUUACGGAAUUUGAAACACCUCAGAGAACGACUUCUUAUUGCAGGAGUGGAAAAUGCGCUCACAGUUCAUGAUGUCAAGGAGGCCAAUUUGAAUAAUAAAGAACACGUUCAGGCAUUAGAUUUACGUUGGAGUGAUGAUUCACAAGGUGGAAGAAUUCAAUUAGCAGAAGAAAUAGUUGAGUUUCUGCAACCUCAUUCUAACCUCAAGGGACUAUAUAUCAGAAACUAUUAUGGAUUGAGGUUUCCAACUUGGAUUGGGGUACUUUCUAAACUAGAGGUAGUUGAACUCAUUGAUUGUAAAGAAAUUGAGGUCCUCCCUCUUCUUGGGGAGCUACCCAUGCUCAGGCAUCUCACAAUAGAGGGCAUGGAUAAGCUGAGGUAUAUUGGGCAGGAGUUUUAUGGGAAGGGAUUUCAAUCAUUGGAAACACUUGCAUUCAGGAGAAACCAUAAGUGGGUGGAAUGGUAUUUUGGAGGAGAAGAUCAAGAAAAGGAAGACUCUAAAUGUGAAAUAUUAUUCCCUUGCCUUGAAUUGCUUACAAUUGAAGAUUGCCCUAAAUUGGGCAGAUUUCCUUCGUAUUGUUUUCCUGCCUUGGUUGUCUUGAAAUUACAAAAUUGUCAAGAUCUAACUGCUCCUUCAAGGCGCAUGAUUGUCUCACAUGAAUCAUCAUCAUCAUCAUCAUCUUCUCUGCCCAUGAAAGAUAAUGGUGAAUUUCCUAAACUUCUUGGCCUAGAAAUGAGAAACUGUCCCAAAUUGAAGGAAUUGCCAGAACGCCUUCCAAGCUUGGAAAUUUUGGUAAUAGACAAAUGUGUAGAAUUGGUAGCUCUUCCAUGGAUUCCAAGUCCCCGUCGACUAGUGUUGAUGAAUGUGUACAUGGAAAUACUGUUGACAAGGGUGCCCAAAUUGCCUUCUCUCUCUUCCUUGUACAUUGGUAAUACUGAGAGGCCCGUGUAUUUACCUGAGCAGUUGUUGCAAUCUCUCACAGCACUUAAACAAUUGGUGAUUCAAAAUUGUUCUAAUCUUGAGAAAGAGAUCACGGGUUUAGAAUACCUAGUCUCUCUUCAAUCUCUGAAAGUUAUUGAAUGUCCUGAAUUAGAGACCUUGCCACAUCUUCAUAAGCUCACUAAACUAGAGGGUUUGCAUAUUGAGAACACUCCUAGCCUCACAUCUAUGACAUUGCCUCCCAAACUAGAAACUCUUUUUAUUAGCUCUUGUAAGAGAUUGGAAUUCUUUAACAUGGGCCUCCACAAUUUCACUCAUCUUGAAUUUCUAUUGAUCUCUAACUGUCCUGGUUUCACAUUAUCUUCUACAACAGUUGAGGGAGAAGGUCAGUUGUUGCCAACUUCACUAAAAACUCUUUCCAUUCUGGAAUGUAGUAAUUUUGAAUUCCCUACCAUGUCUGGCUGGCUUGACAAGCUCACAUCUCUUCAAACAUUGUGGAUUCAUCAAUGUCCUCUGUUAGUGCAUUUUCCAGGUGGACGGUGGCCUGCUCUGAAAGAAAUUAGUCUCACCAUCUGCAUUAAUCUUGAGUCUUUACCUAUGGAGUUGAAUAACUUGACGACACUUGAGGAAUUACGCAUAUUGGUAUGUCGACACCUAGUUACCUUUCCAGAAAGUGGGUUGCCCACAAAGUUAAGGAGACUUGUAAUUGGCGGAUUUGGUGAAAAUAGGGAUACCCUACCCAAGCAUUUGGAGUUGAACAAACUUGCUUCUCUUGAACAAUUGACUAUAAGCAACUGUCCUGGCCUCGUGUCCUUUUUUUCUGAAAAGGGAGAGGAGGGGGAGGGGUUUUUGCCCUCCUCUCUUAGAGAGCUUCAGCUGUUGGAUCUUGAGAAUCUUGAGUCCCUUAGAGAGCUUCAUCUGCAUCAGCUUACUUCUUUGGAAUAUUUGGCCAUCAGAAAUGCUCGUAUGGUCAAAUCUUUACCAAGAGAGGGUCUCCCUCCCAAUCUUCAGACACUAGAUUUAUUCAAAUGUCCUCACCUGGAGAAACUUUACAAAAAGGAUACUGGAAAGCAAUGGCCUAAGAUAUUUCAUAUUUGUGCGCAAGGCUUUGGUCAUUUUUCAUUAUCAGACAGAGGUUGGAAAUUUGAUAUGGAUCCCUCCAUAAAAUUUCCAAAACAAAUCCCCACUGAGGGUAGAGAUUUUGUCACCCGUAUACAAUAUGGAUCUCGGAGGCUCUAUCCAAGUAACAUGAAUAAACAGGUGCCACUUCAUAUGGCAUCUACCACUUGAGCUGAAUGACCAAUUUGGACCCAAAAUAGGAGAUAAGUCAGUCUACCUGGCAGAUAAGCAUCCCACAAUAAUUCUGCACUUGGGCUUUGAAGAACUCAAAGUAUUAUUGGUCAUCAAAACCCUCCCAUGUCAUCCGAUUGCUAACCAGUCCUCAACAGCAACAUCCUAAUCCAUCAGAUAUUCCAGAUUGAAGCAUUCUUGGGUAAGAGAACGGUAGAUUCUUGAACAAUGCAGGGUACCUUUUGUCUCAUAUUGGUUUACCAGAGAUGUAAUUGCAAGCAACAUAAGCAGAUUUUCUUGAGGUUCAAGUAUCUUUGGUCCUACACAUUUAUCAGUACUACAUAAGAUUACUGAGGAUUGGUAUGUCCUUGAUGUAAUUUGGAAUUUUAGGUGUCUACCCCAUUUGAUUAAUGGUCUGGAAUGAGUGUUGUACAUGAGAGUUACACAAAAGGUUAGGCUGUGUUUCUAGGUGAGACCAAGGUUUUGUACCUACAGCCAUUCAUAUGUGGUUUCUACUUAUUGGAAAACAAGCUCAAGUUUUCUGUGUCAAUUGUGAAAAUUAAAUGUGGCAGAGAUUGUGGACCUCAA